UAUUUCUGGGUUUAGAAUCUUCCAGCCGAGGUCAUACUGAUAUAAACUCCUUCAGCGAAUCGCGCUCCACCAUACAAACACGAUCGUCGAGAGAGGAACACGAGCUAUCGACAACAAAACGCAAAGGGAAUACUUCCAGCUCAAUACGAGAGCAAAGAUUUCUUGUUCAAUGCACAGAUGACGGCAAUUAUGACGAGUUUACAAAUUUUAUCGCCAAUACAAGAACUUCCAGAACCACCAAGUUUCACAACAACACAGAAAAAGAACAACGCGAAAAUAUUUUUCCCGAAGAAAAAGCUCGCGCGUCUACAUGGCAUCGAUCCGAGAAUAUACAAAAAUAUUCUUCUACCAAUUUCUAUGAUUGGCGAAAGGGACGUGAAUGAAAAACAGUUAAUAAAGAAGAGAAGAGAAUGGGUUAUUCCGAAAAUUGUGAUCGAGGAGGUGAAAUUUCCUGAUGAUUGUUCGCCAUCGGACAUGGCCGUUAGGACUGACGCAUGCGGUGGUUUUUUACAUCCUUCACACGCUGUCUAUUCCGCAGUUUCGGCGAAUGAUCACAACGCACUAAAAAACAUUAUUCUUUCGGGGCGAGUUAACGUGAAUCAAUUGAACGCUAGCGGGGUGACGGCGCUGCACGAGUCUUCCUACGAAGGGAAGAGUCGCUGCGUGAAUGUCUUGGUUCAGUUAGGAGCAGAUGUGGAUUGUAGAGACCGUGAGGGAUGGACGCCGCUUCACGCUGCAGUGUGUGGUGGUAAUCACAAGUGUGCCGCGUAUUUGCUAAGACAAGGUGCAAACGUUCGCGCUAAAAACGAUGACGGACUUUCACCAAUACAUAUUGCAGUGCAACAGAGAGAUAGACAAAUGGUGCAACUUCUUAGCUCAAGGAACGUUUUAUUCAGCCCACAUAGACAUGACAGAAGACACCUUUUAAAGGCCCACGUUUAAUAAAAACGAAAACGACUGUUCUGGAGAAGUUGUGCUAAUGUUUUACGUGGCAUCUAGAAGAGGACUUUAGAUAUUGGCCCUUGCUCAGAAUGACAGUGCAGCCGAAAUCUUUCAAACGACCUGAUUCACGGUUACAAACACCCCUGACCCUCUCACGAAAACCGCGUUUUCUGCUUCGUUGAAUUAGUGGUUAAUUUUAGAACGUAUUUUCGGUGAAAAAUGAGCGCCAUAACAGUAACUUUGCAUUGCGUAAAGUAAAACGAAUACCACUUCAAGAUUUGCAUUUGAAGGGAAAUUCCCAUUUGCAAACAAACAUGUCAUAAAUGCUAAAAAAAACUAUUGUAUAUAUUUCUUGUAAAAAUAUCAUACGUCGUGAAAAUUUUGUAGUGAAAUCAACAGCUUUACUUGAAAGUAUAUAUUUAUUUUUAUUACAUUUGAAAAGACUUAUGUACAUGUGAAGAUAAUUAAUAUGAAGUAUGCAAAGACAGGAAAAAGAAAAAAAAGAGAAAUAAAUAUAAGCUAAUACAAUGCUGAAGUUGCGUGGCCUUGAUGCUAUAGAUAAAACGUAUUCCCCUAUUUAACUGAUAAAUUUAUUGAUAUUAAAAAUAUAUUUUUGAAA